CCAGAAAGGCCGCAUAGCCGUUUCAUACAACUCACACAAAUCGCUUCGUCUCUUUCUCUCUCUAUAAAUCACUCAAACUCUCAGCCUCUCUCGCCCUCAGGAAUCGGGAAAAUGGCGACCAAUAUCGGCAUGAUGGACGGCGCUUACUUCGUCGGCAGAUCUGAGAUCUUGGCCUGGAUCAACUCCACUCUCCAACUCCAUCUCAACAAAGUCGAGGAGGCUUGUUCCGGAGCGGUGCACUGCCAGCUGAUGGACGCGGCUCAUCCGGGGAUUGUUCCGAUGCACAAGGUCAAUUUCGACGCCAAGAACGAGUAUGAGAUGAUCCAGAAUUACAAGGUUCUUCAAGAUGUGUUCAACAAACUCAAAAUCACCAAGCAUAUUGAGGUGAGCAAGCUUGUGAAAGGAAGACCGCUGGAUAAUUUGGAGUUCAUGCAGUGGAUGAAGCGGUACUGUGAUUCUAUCAAUGGCUGCACCAACUACAAUGCUCUGGAGAGGAGAGAAGCUUGCAAGGGUGGUAAAGAAGCAAGCAAGAGAGCUGCCCAAUCACAAUCAUCUGCCAAGGGUACAACAGCUUCCCAAAGAGCUCAUUCCUCGCACAAUGCUAAUGCUAGAAGAAAUGAUGUACCACCUUCUGGGAACUCCACAAAUCAUGCAGUAAAGGCCUCGAGACCUUCUUCUAGUGGAGGUCCUUCUCCUCCUGCAUAUGCUGAAGAGAUCACGGAGUUGAAGCUAUCUGUGGAUAGCCUUGAGAAGGAGAGGGAUUUCUACUUUGGAAAGCUCAGAGAUAUCGAGAUACUAUGCCAGACUCCUGAAAUUCAACACCUAUCUGUUGUUGGUGCUAUACAGAAGAUUCUGUAUGCUACAGAUGAUGAUGCAACAGUGGUGGCACAAGCUCAAGCCAUGUUGUCUGCCCCCUCAAAGGAAGCAGAUCCCUCCAGUCCCAUUGCUGAGCCAUUGAGUCCUAUUGCAGAGGUUUCAGAUGAGAAAGCAAGUUCGGAGAAUCAGAAGAGGAAAACCAUAAACAACUUUGAUGUGGAUGCUGCUGCCAUGGCAACAUUAUCUCCGAGGCAAAGGGUCUCUGAUGCUUCUGAUGUCCAUUGUAGUGGGUCACCUCUGAUGACCUGCUGAUCUGCUACUUGUUUAGAGGAUGUAAUCUCUCGGUUUCAUCUUUACAGAACACAGUUUUCCAUCGUACUUCUUCUGCCCAAUAUAUUUUUAUGCAUAAUAUGUUAAAAUGUAGUACAAGUCAUGGUAUGGACAUGAGAUAUCAAUACUCUGUUGUAUUAAGAACAUCUCCAGUCUCCUGCUUUUAUGUUGUAAAAGUUAGAAGAUGCUUCAGGAAUGUUAGUCCCGGUGUUCAGCCAUUAUUCUUAUACAGUUGAAACUCAACCGAGGGGAUCCUUUUUGGAUCUGCAGGUGAUCUUUAGUUUUACAAUAGAGUUGCACCUUGUUUUCCUUUUUGUUCCUUGUUUUGGUUAUGUCACAUUAAGCCAUUACCUUUUGGUAGUUUCAGUACUACCUCUUCCACCGUUUACAGAAAGUACGAAGGUAAGGGGUGAGUUUCAAAUCCCCAGAAUUCUAAGAGUCAUUAAGCAAAUGAUAAAACCUUGGGGAGAUUGGCUUGUGUUGCUGAGGAUGCCGGGAAAUAGUAUAGCGCUUGAGUGAUAGUUAUAGCUAUCCUGAAUAACAAAUAUAUAAUGACAAUAAAUAAAAGUUGCAGUAAAAUAACAAUGAACACCAAGAUAUUUUUUACUCGCAGAAACCCUGCAACUGCAACCAGGGAGAAAAACUGCGUGCCCCUAACUCUUGAGGGACAAACC